AUGAUCAUUCGGGCCGAAAUCGCCGAUUACGAUGUAGGUCGGGUACUGAUCGACAUUGGAAGUUCGAUAAAUGUAAUUUUUGCUGAUGCUUUCAGAGGAUUGGGCAUUACCGACAACAUGGUUAAUCGGCAGAUAACGCCUCUACUCAGUUUUUCUGGAGAUCUGGUCCAACCAGUCGGCAGUGUCAGUCUGCCCAUCGCCUUCGACGUUGCCCAUCGAAAAACGAUGAUGUACGACCAAUUCCUCAUCGUCGACUGCCCAACGGCAUACAACGUCAUCGUAGGACGGAUGACACUAACCAGAGUCAAAGCACACUUGUCCCUCCACAUGUUGCUAAUGAAAUUCCCAACCAGCAACGGCAGUGACGCUCUCCGAGGGGACCAGCUCAGCGCACGGACUUGCUAUGCGACGGCCCUUAAAUUGGUAGCCCCAAACCUCCAAUGA